AUGCAAGCUCCUGUUGCUGCAUCGUCGAGUUUCGAGGCGGAGCUUAUGGCUCUCCUUCGAGAGACACUAAAGAGGAUAAAUGCACAACUAUGGGAUGGAAUUCUUCUUCCUGAAACUAUGGAAAAACUCGUGGAGCUUCACAACUUGGAACACGUGUCUGAAUCUGACCUCACCACAUUGGUAUUCUUCGGCAUCGUUUGGUUCGUAAGAUUUGGUAUACUGAAAAGCAUGUUUGGAGCAAGUGGGAGGCUAGGCGAUUUUGGAUUAGCAAAGCUGUACACUCAUGGUCAGGUGCCUAGCACGACACGGGUUGAGGGGAUGUUGGGGUACUUGGCGCCCGAGGUGGUCACAUUGGCUUCCCCGACUGCAGCUAGUGAUGUUUAUAGCUUUGGUAUUGUGGUCAUGGAGGUGGCGUGUGGGCGGAAGCCUAUUGAGACGAGGGUGGAGGACGAGGAUCAGGAGGUGUUGAUAGAUUGGGUGAGGCAUAAAUAUGUAGAAGGGAGGAUCUUGAAAAGCGAGGAUUAA